GAGAAACCACAAUUUGCCCACAUUUCCACAGCAGUCCGACACCGAGGCGCUUCCCAGUCGAGCUCCGUGGUCCGAAACAAGCAGAAACCUUUUUAUUUUGACCCGUUUGGUUGAGCCGGGUGGGGGAAAACUCCUGAAAUAUCCCCGGGACCUGGCUUGUUUGCCGUUGAUUCCUGCGGACGCCUGCGCGCAGGAACAGCUGAGGGGGAUAUAAGUUAUUUCCAGCAGAUCAGCGGAUCAGGAGAGCCUGGAAGAUGGGUUCACUCCCUGCGAUUUCUGCCCUGGUUUUGGGCAUUGUGGUUCCAGCCUUGGCCGGAUACAUUGAGGCUCUUGCUGCCAACGCGGGAACAGGGCUCGCUGCCGUGGAGCCACAGGUGGCCAUGUACUGUGGAAAACUCAACAUGCACGUCAACAUUCAGACCGGUCGCUGGGAGCCCGACCCGUCAGGAACCAAAAGCUGCGUGGGAACCAAAGAAGGCGUGCUUCAGUACUGUCAGGAGAUGUAUCCAGAUCUUAAAAUCACCAACGUAGUGGAAGCCAACCAGCCUGUCCGCAUUGAGAACUGGUGCAAAAAGGAGAAGAAGGUGUGCAAAGGCCACGCCCACAUCGUGGUGCCUUACAUGUGCUUAGUGGGCGAGUUUGUGAGUGACGUCCUGCUGGUUCCAGAGAAGUGCAAGUUCUUCCACAAGGAGCGCAUGGACCUGUGCAUCAGCCACCAGCAGUGGCACGCCGUGGCCAAGGAGGCCUGCUCCAGGAGCUCCAUGGUGCUCCACAGCUACGGCAUGCUGCUGCCCUGCGACAUCGACAAGUUCCACGGCACAGAGUACGUCUGCUGCCCCGCCUCCCGCUCCGCAGAGUCCGCCCCGCCGUCCCUGCCCUCCCAGGAGGAAGACGAAGACGAGCACGUGGAGGAUGAGGACGUUGCCCUGGGUGACGAUGAGCCUCUGGAGGAAAGUGUGACCAAAGCUAAUAAGGAACCAAUUCAGAAGGAAGACGCUGUGGACGAAGAUGAGGAGGAGGAGGAGGAGGAAGAUGAGGACGAGUACCACUACGUCUACGGGGAUGAAGAGACAAAAAUGAACGCAGAGGAAGAAGAAGAAGCAGAAGAAGAAAAAGAAGAAGAAAGCAGUAAACUACCAAAGAAAAUUAAGCAGAACCAAAUCCCUCUUCGUGAGGCCCUGAACUAUUUCUGCUCCCUUCCGAAUGUGACGGGUCCCUGUCGCGCCUACUUUCCUCGAUGGUACUUCAACAUGGAGAGGCAUGACUGUUUGCCCUUUGUAUACGGUGGCUGCCGUGGCAACGAAAACAAUUUCGACUCAUGGUUUCAUUGCAUCAACAUGUGCGUUUACAACUUCUACUUCGAUCCUGCGGCCUGGUCCGACGAUGUGGACGUCUACUUCGAGACGCCGGCGGACGACAAGGAGCACGGCCGCUUCCAGAAAGCCAAGGAGCAGCUGGAGGUCCGGCACCGGAACCGCAUGGAGAGGGUAAGGAAAGAGUGGGAAGAGGCGGAUCGGCAGGCCAGGAACAUUCCCCGGGCGGAGAGACAGACUCUGGUCCAGCACUUCCAGGCGAUGGUGGAGUCCCUGGAGGAGGAGGCAGCCAGCGAGAAGCAGCAGCUGGUGGAGACUCACCUGGCCCGGGUGGAGGCCAUGCUGAACGACCGCCGCCGCGUCGCCCUGGAGAACUACCUGGCCGCCCUGCAGGCCGACCCCCCCAGGCCCCACCGCAUCAUGCAAGCGCUGAAAAAGUAUGUCCGAGCCGAGAACAAGGACCGGCAGCACACCGUGCGCCACUACCAGCACGUCCUGGCGGUGGACCCAGAGAAAGCCGCGCAGAUGAAGUCUCAGGUGAUGACGCACCUGCGGGUGAUCGAGGAGCGGAUGAACCAGAGUCUGUCUCUGCUCUACAAAGUUCCCUACGUGGCCGAGGAGCUGCAGGAUGAAAUCGACGACCUGCUCCAGGAGCAGAAGGCCGACAUGGACCAGUUCCUGUCCUCCAUCUCUGAAUCGCAGCCUGACGUCACCGUGUCGUCGGAGGAGAGCGUGGAGGUUCCGGUCCCCGAGGGCAAACCGUACCGACCCGUCCAGGUCACAUCUCUGGGCGCGCGCUCGGAGCCGGAAGGCGACCUAUCAGACUCCCCACGUGCCUUCAAGAAAGGCUCCGCCAUGGCUGGUCUGGACGGUCUGAUCGGCGCCGAGGAAAGAGUCAUCAACAGCAAGCCGAAGAUGGGAGAAGACCUGGUGAUUGAUGAGUCUCUGGAUGUUAACGAAGUGGUUUACAGUGCUGAGAGAGUCAGCGUUAUGCAUGGUGAUGAGCUGCCCUACCGCCCCCUGGGAGAAGACUUCAGCAUCAGGUACACCAACACCGCGCUGAUUGGCCUGCUGGUGAUCGCCGUAGCCAUAGCAACUGUGAUUGUGAUCAGCUUGGUUCUAUUGAGGAAAAGGCAGUACGGCACCAUCAGCCACGGCAUUGUAGAGGUGGACCCCAUGCUGACGCCAGAGGAGCGACACCUAAACAAGAUGCAGAACCACGGCUACGAAAACCCCACCUACAAAUACCUGGAGCAGAUGCAGAUCUAACUGAGAGGGGGCGCCGUGGAGCCCACAGCGGGAACAUACUACUGACCAAUAACACACGAUGCUAUUGUUAAAAUCCUUUGCGUACAUCCAAACUCCAUUUACUGGUUUGUUCAAAACAAUCCUUAAGUAAUGCUACUACUUCUACUACUGUUGUACUAUAGAGCUCUUUUUGAUCACAUGUUUGAUGUUUCUGCCAGUUCGCAAAAUAGAAAACGAUUUAUCUGUAAUUACUGAGACGGAUCAAGAUGUAUAACAUUUCUUCUGACAUUUUUAUUAUGUGAAAAGCAAAUCAAACUAAUGUUUUUUAGUCAUCAAACUGGCACUACAUUUAGUUUCUUCAUCAUGCAGACUCUGAUGGGUUUCAUUAAAUAAUUGGUGUUUUAAUGUGUUAUUUUUAAUCUCAAUAGAUUGCUUGUAUAUGAAGGUUCUUCGUACCAAUCAAAAUGUUUAGUGAUUAAAAAAACAAAUGGGGGGGGGGAAAUAAAUCAUGGUUUAUUUCUUUGCUUUGUUAUAAUAACAAAUAUACAUAAAAUGUUUAAAUAUACAUAAAUAUAUAUAAAAUUAGAUGUUUUUAUUCUACCUUUUCCCAAAGGAAGAAAUUAUGGAUUGGUUUGGGUUUUUAUUUUUUAUCCUUAUUUUUAUUCGGUGGAUCGAAUGUUUGCAGGCAUUGGAAAAGGUGAGAACCUGUGCAGACCUCCAGCUCAAACGUCAUUAUUGACUGAAUCUCCACUUCUCUUCUUUUUUGCUUUAAUUGGUCAAUUUUUUUUCCAAGCCAGUAGUUCAUUAAAGUCUUGAGCAUCAGGACAAAAUUUAUAUAUAUAUACAUUCUGAUCUGACACAGCAAGGCAACCAGACAAACUAAUGUCUAGCUAAGCGAAGACAAAAAAGAUUCAUAAUAAAAAUGAGUGAAUGUGUUCAUUUACCACCUCAUACACACAAACUAGGGAUUCAAACGAUUAUUUGUCGAUUAAUGGUUUAUUAGAUUAAAAUUGGUUCCAAUACAUUAAUAAUAUCCGAUUACAUCUUCUUUUAGACGCGUUGUAGUUUGGCCUUCAUCCAGCAGAGAGCGCCAGUGGUCAUUCAUAAGCGGAGCCGCUGAGACAGAAACAAAGAUGGCGGCGGGGCGAUUCCUGAACGGGGACUGUAAACGGUCCGAACAGAGUCCGGUGUGGAAUGAAAAAUGCACUUUACGUGGUUCUGUUUAGAAAUAUAAACACUCAAGUUUUAGUUUAAUAGCCUGAGAUGGCGCAGUGUCGGCAGAUUAUGAAAAAUUUUGCCCCUUAUGGAAAGACGGUCCACUCUCUUGAUAAAAGAGAAAACUCAGGAAUUGUCGGCUAAUCAAGUAAUCGUUAUGAUCGAUAAACUCGAUCGAUAAACCCGACUAGCAAAAUCAACCUUUUGCUAGUUGGGAAUACAUAGCUGAAUGUAUUUCUCCAUACUAUGUAUAUCAUGGGUUCCCUUGAAGCUUUGCUCUCUCUCUCCUUUUUUUUUUUUUUUUUUUUUACAUUUUGCACAGAUUAUCCAAAGUCAAACAAUUAUCUCCCAGAUAUCCACAGACAGAUUUGUGGAUGUUGCAGCUGGAUUGCUUGAGCUUAGCGCUUCUGGAGAUCCGAACUGGGCUGAGAACCAAACCCGGAUUAACUGCUCAAACAUUUAAUGAUGCGAUGAAGCGAUCCGGAGGUCUGCGCAGGCGGAGAGCUGGUUGUGUGUAUUUUUACAGGUAGAGAAUGACACGAAACAAGUGAAUCCUAAUCCUCUCUCUCUAUCUUAGUAUCGUCUUUGUAUGCCUGUACAGUUGAUGUUGCAACCAUGGCUCUUUUUUUUUCUUAUGAGGAUUUCUGUGGUGUGCAUUGUUCUUAUAUGAAAUCUGUUUUUAAUUUUAUUUUCCAGUUUCUUUCUCCUCUUUCUGUGACAGUAUAUCUGUAUGUGACUGUCUCACUAUGCACCCAAAAGCUUCGAUCUCGUAACUGCCUGCUUGACUGUGGAAGAGGACCAGGGGACAUUGAUUAUAUUAUGCAUAUUAGUGAUUUAAAACUGAUCAACACCAAUGGAAACUGAUUUAUGGUUACAAGGGGUUACACAUCAAUAAACUCACAACAAACAAC